GCAUUAGUGGAAGUUAAAAGAGAAGUUUACUGAAGAAACUAUUGCAUUCAGCCAGGAUAUGGUUUCUCGAGGCUUGCGCUCGCUUGCUUUUUGUGAUUUCACGCCUUUCAGCGAUGCUCAGAAAGUAAGAUUUCCAUGUGAGGCAAAUGUGAGAGAGAAUUCUGCUUAUUGGCUGUGCAACUCACCAGCGUCCUCUGAUGAAAUGAAUCCUCGUGCAAGUUGUGACAAGGAAGCAGAAUGAGGAAGUGAGUCUGAAUUCCGAGCGAGCAAACCACCACAAAAUAUGGAGCAACAUUCUGGUUGAUAAGCCGGCAGCCGCCAGCACAGGUGGAGUGUUAGCAAACAUGGUCGAUGCACGAUCUCUCCUGUGGUCUCUCCUCUUUUGCUCCAUUCUGCCAGAGGCUGUGACCUCGACCACAAGGCUACAAGGUGUACGGAAUUACCAGGUGGUGAAUCCGCGCAAACUCCACGCCAAGCAGAAACGAGAGACGGAGGGGCUUUAUCCAUCGGUUGUCCAGUAUGAAGUUCCCGUAGAAGGCAAGGAGUUGGUUCUACAUCUCGAGAAGAAUGAGGGUCUGUUUGCCAAGAACUACUCUGAGAGCUACACUUUGGAGAAUGGGACAGAAGUGUGGGAGACCCCCGUCUAUCCGGAUCACUGCUAUUACCAUGGUUACAUAAAGGGUGAAGAAGAUUCCUCGGCCAGCUUCAGCACCUGUGAUGGGCUCAGUGGUUACAUCCGCACCAAGGGCCAACGCUAUCUGAUGGAACCCCUGAAAGAAUCAGCCAGUGAUGAGCAUGCACUCUACAAAUAUGAAGAGCUCACCAUGCCUCAGAGCAUGUGUGGCGUGGUCAACACUUCAUGGGAUAACCUGGAGCCAAGAGUGGAAGAGACAUUUGGCUCUGCAAGUGAGAGGAGUGACUUCCUGAAGGCAAAGAAAUACAUUGAAAUGUUCGUGGUAACAGAUACCGCAGAGUUCCGACGCUUCGGGUCAGUGGAAGCGGUGCGGAGCAGGGUGUUUGAAGCUGUCAAUCACAUCAACCUGCUGUACAGGCCGUUGAGAACACAUGUGGCCCUGGUUGGUCUGGAGAUCUGGUCCAGGCAAGAUAAAAUAGAUGUUCUACGAGAUUCCGACCAGACUCUGAAAAACGUCUUGUCCUGGCGCAACCAGCAACUUCGACCAAAGCACGCUCAUGACAACAUCCAAUUCAUCACUUACGUGGAUUUCAAUGGAGACACCAUUGGCUUGGCUCAAGUGUCUGCCAUGUGUACAGGGGGCUCUGGAGCGAUUAAUCAGGAUCAUACGUCCAAUGUUCAUGGAGUUGCCUCGACCAUGGCUCAUGAGAUGGGACACAACUUGGGCAUGAAUCACGACAAUAACGCUUGCUUGUGCAAAUCCGCAUCAUGCAUCAUGUCUCCGGUCUUAAGCGCUUCCUUGCCGACAGAGUUCAGUUCGUGCAGUCACCAGAACUUCCAGAGCUUCACCUUGUCACACACGGCGUCGUGCAUGCGUGACGUUCCCAGCCUGGAAGAGAUUGUGGCGGCACCCAUCUGCGGGAACCACUUUGUAGAGAAGGGGGAAGACUGUGACUGUGGAACUGCCAAGGAAUGUCAAAAUCCUUGUUGUGACCCUCGGACAUGCAAACUGAAAGAGGAAGCCCAGUGUGCAGAUGGAGAAUGCUGCCAGGAUUGCAAGAUCAAAGCCGCGGGCGCACUGUGCCGGAGAGUCAGAGACGAGUGCGACCUUUCGGAAAACUGUGACGGCACGUCCAACAUAUGCCCGAAAGAUGCAUUCCGCAUGAACGGGACCCCUUGUAAGAGAGGGGCGGCUUUCUGUUACAAUGGAGGAUGCCCCACUCACCAGGAACAGUGUACCUCACUGUGGGGGCCUGGGGCUCGGACAGCACCUAAUCAAUGUUUCCAAACCAACACAAGGGGCUCGCUGUACAGUUACUGUAAGAAGACAACUACGUAUCGAUCCUGCAGGGAUAAGGACAUAAUGUGUGGGCAGCUGCACUGUAUCGGUGGCAACAAAAGGCCACCAUCUCACAGCACUGGGACAAUAACCAUUGGAAGUCAAGUGUGCAAAGUCGUUCUGGACCGGGAUGGAGUUAACCCAGGAUUAGUACACAAUGGCGCAAAGUGUGGAGACAACAAGAUGUGCGUGAAUGCAGAAUGUGUCGAAGUCAGAUUGAAGAACUGCACCAGCAAGUGCCCUCAGCAUGCGGUCUGUAACCAUCUGGAGAAGUGCCAGUUCAAGGCGGGCUAUAGUAAACACAGCAGCAUUUUCCCUGUUAUAGCAAUAGUGAUCAUCAUUGUGGUUGUGAUACUGAUCAUUGCCGUGAUUGGAGUGGGAUGUUUCGUAUACUGGAGGAGGUACAAGGCAAAGAGCCCGUCGCAGCCACGGUUCCAGUCAACAACCUUCGGACUCACAAACCCAACCUUUGCAGGAAGUGCACCAGCCACACCACAGAUGCAAAGAACCCACAACCCUAAGGGUCCAAUGCAAGUGGCUCCACCCCCUCUCCCUUACGCCAGGGGACCUCCUCCUCCUGCACCUGCCAAGGGUCCAAUGGCUACCGCUCCCCCCUUUCCUCCAUAUGCCAAGCCACCAUCUGCACCCAUCCCCACUGGCAGGCCAUUUCCACCUCGAGCUCCAGUGAAGAAGCCGGUGUUGCCUCCGCCAUCGGCCAAGGUCUUGAUGCCUCCAAACAAACCGAGAAACUGAACAUCAGACGGGAACUGACUGCUCCAACCUUCCAGUUACCUGUAGCUUGUAUUAAUUGUUCCGUUUAUUUAUAUGUGGUCGCAGUGAAAUUCGCAAAGCUUUUUCCUUCUCUAUUUAUUCUGUUGAUUUAUAGCCAAAGAUGCAAAGCAACUGGACUCCUAUAUCUCUACCUUGACCGGGGAAUGGGCAGGAGAGUGCAUGAUGUAUCAAUAGUCUCUGCUAAUGAUCAGUGGAUGUUACACUGGAGAUUUUUGAUGUGUGCAAAGUGGCGAUGUUUUUAUAAGGGCCAGAGUGAGAGAAUGCAUGUUUCUUGUAGAGUGAAGGGCAAUGCAGGUUGGAAUAAGGAAUCCCUAGAGAAAUCGAGGCUCUGGUCUGAAAAAUUGGAGGAGGCAUGGUGUGUAGGUAGGAACUGCAGAUGCUGGUUUACACUGAAGGCAGACACAAGAUGCUGGGGUAACUCAACGGGUCAGGCAGCAUCUCUCGUUAAAAAGGAAUAGAUGACGUUUCUGGGAAGUUGGAAGCAGAGGAAUGAAAAGGUACAGAUAAGUGGAGGCCAAUUCACUGGAUGUUUUCAAGACUGUGUCUGAUUACUGAUUGGGGAUGAUCAGCCAUAAUCACAUUGAAUGGCGGUGCUGGCUCAAAGGGCCGAAUGGCCGACUCCUGCACCUAUUGUCUACUGUCUAGAACAAAUCAGAGCCGGCACCGAUGGCCAAGGAGCGAACAAUGGUCCAUUGCUGGCAGUGGAGGAGGUGAUAACGAAGGGAUGUGAACAGUGACACUAGCAGGACAGCUAGAAACAUUGAAAAUAGGUGCAGGAGGAGGCCAUUCGGCCAUUCGGCCCUUCGAGCCAGCACCGCCAUUCAUUGGCUGAUCAUCCCCAAUCAAUAACCCGUUCCUGCCUUCUCCCCAUAUACCUUGAUUCCACCAGCCCCUAGAGCUCUAUCGAACUCUCUCUUAAAUCCAUCCAGUGAUUUGGCCUCCACUGCCCUCUGUGGCAGGGAUUCCACAAAUUCAACAAACUAGGGUGGGGGAAGAGACGGAAAGAGAGGGAAAUGCAAGGGUUACUUGAAAUUAGAGAAAUGCAGUUUAAUUUCCGAUAACUGAGGAAUUGCAUUUCGGGAAGUCAAACCGGAGCAGGACCUUUAUAGAGGACCCUGGGGAGGGCUGCAGAGCAAGGGAACCUACAUGUACAACUACAGCAUUCCCUGAAAGUGGUUUCACAGGUAGAUGUGGUGUAGCAGAAGGCAUCUGUAAUGUUGGCCUUCAUCAGCCAGGGGAGUGAGUCUAGAAGUUAGGACAUUACAUUACACUUGUACAACAUGCUGGUGUGACUACACUUGGAGUAUUGUGUUCAGUUAUGGUCACACUGCUAUAAAAUGCCAUCAAACUGGAAAGGUGCAGAGAUUUACAAAGUUGUUGCCAGAACUCGAGGGUUUGAUCUAUAGUGAGGUUGGGCAGGCUAGGACUUUUUUCCUUGGAGCGCGGGAGGCUGAGGAGUUGAUCUUAUAGUGGUGUAUAAAAUCAGGAGGUGAAUAUAUGGGGUAAAUGCAAUCUUUCUUUUCAGGGUAGAGGAAUCAAGAACUAGAGGACUUAUAUUUAAGGGGGGAGAGUAAGGAUGUAAUAGAAACCUGAGACGCAAAUGUUUCAUACAGUGGUAGGUAUAUUGAAAGUUCCACGAGAGGUCCCACCACUGCCAUUAAAUGUAGCCUUAUUUCUUGGGGUGGCACAGCGGUAGAGUUGCUGCCUCACAGCGCCAGAGACCCGGGUUUGAUCCUGACUAUGGAUGCUGUCCGCACGGAGUUUGUACAUUCCCACCCUGACCUGCGUGGGGGUUUUUUUCCAGGAACUCUGGUUCCCUCCCACACUCCAAUGACAUACAGGUUUGUAGGUUAAUUGGCUUGGUAUCAUUGUAAAUUGUCCCUAGCGUGUGUAGGAUAGUGUUAAUGUGCAGGGAUCGCUGGUCAGCAUGCACUCAGUAGGGCCGAAGGGCCUGUUUCCGUGCUGUAUGUCUAAACUAAAUUAAAAGUAUUGAUUGCGGCAGGCACAAUAACAAUAUUUAAACAAAUAUUUUGAUGAGUCAUAUUCUUGUGUGUGGCAUGCACAGCCUAAAGUUGUAAGACAACUUGUUCUGUUUGAUCUUCUGUCUGUGCACGCCAGGUUGAUUGCAUUCGUCGAAACAGGGUGGACCACGUGAAGGUUGCAAUCUCCCACCCCAUUUUGACAUGUCAAGGAUAGGAAAGGUUUAGUGGACUAAUGGGACUAGCUUAGAUGGACAUCUUAUGAUAUUUCCAAGCUGUAUGGGCCGACUCUAUUUGACAUCCCAUUUAAAGGUGGAGGUAAUGUGCAAUUUAUUCUCAAAUAAAAAUAAUCAAACAAC